GCACAGCUCUCGGUUUAGUGUUCAAUUGUUUACAAUUAUUAGAAGUGACGUUUUAUUUAAAGUAUUAGGACCGGAAAGCGGCUUGGUUCAAUUCUUUAGCAUAAAAUAACGGAAGUACAAUGAAUCUAGAACCCAUCAAUAAUGCUCUGUCUCAUUUACGUGUACUUCGUUCGAGUGUUGGACAAGUUUUCGAAUCGCUCGGUAAUGGUGUCCGUGCGGAACACGGCGAAGAAGGAAAGGAACAAAAAUUUCUGCAUGAGUUACAGGAACUGCUCAAUUCUGUGAACUCCAAUCUCAGAGAAUUUGAAACCUGCAUCAACGAUCUCACACCACCUCAAGCACCAUUUAAUUUGGCCAACACUGCAUACCUUUCGCUAGAAACAAACUUGGAGCGGCAAGCACUGUAUCCUCAUUUGGUGCAAAGCUACAAAUGGCACGAUAAACUUCAUGAAUACAGUACCUUUGCCUCGACGUUACUACAGCAAAAUGCUCUCAAACGAUCCUACUAUGGAAAUACCAAACGUAGGAGGUCCCUGCCUUCCAGUCAUUUGGCAACCCCACAGACAGUAGAUAACCUGAUCGGAAGUAUUCAUUUUAAUAACAUGAAUCUUAAAAUUGUGCGUCCAUCAAUGACGAACGCUAUUCUACAUAUAACGAUUUCACGAGUUUUGCGAGCAGCAGUCAUACUGAAAGGGUUGUUGAUUGAGUGGGUCACUGUGAAAGGAUACGACGAGUCACUGCUAGAUGGAGUCGAUGAGCAUUGGACGGAAUCCAGGCAUCAGGUUUUCCGUAAAGUGCAAGACCAUGCACAUUCAGCCAUGUUACACUUUUUUUCGCCAACACUUCCAGAACUGGCUAUACGGAGUUUUAUAACGUGGUUCCGCAGCUAUGUAACACUUUUCGCUGAUCCUUGUAAAAAAUGCGGUAAACAUUUACACAAUACUCUACCACCAACGUGGAGGGAUCUUCGCACGCUUGAGCCAUUUCACGAGGAAUGUAAACAGUGAAUAUUUGAAUUGGAAGAUUGAAUGUGGAACUGUUAAUUUACUCUAAAUUCGAUAAAAAUAAAACAUAAACAUGCACGUUUUGAUCGCUUUUAUUAAAUUUCGGUUGUCUAAAAAA